UGAUCGGCGCAGUUCCUGGUGCAGGCUCUCCGACGGCUUCGACGACCGUUCCGCGCGUCUCUCGGCGGCGAAGAAAGCACGACGGGGGUCCGUUUCCGCGACCCGGCACACGUCACUCGAGCGAGGGAAAGGCAGUUUUCCGUUCCCCGAGAAGAACGCGCGUGGCGCACGCGGUACGCGCGUUCUUAAAUAAAUAUAUUGACGGCACGUUUAACUCGUGCAAUAAGGUUUCAGUGCCGAGUACAGGGCAGUUAGCAUUGGAUUUAAGGUUUUGUGAAUUAAUCAGAAAUAUAUAUUUGCGUAUCAAAAGAUGGAAGAAGUUCACGCAUUAUUAAAGCGUUGGGGUUUAUCCCAACCCGUUAUUGAUAGAUUCAGAGAAAAUCAAAUACGAUUCAGACAUCUCACUAAAUUGACAGAAUAUACAAUAGAAAAAUUAAUACCUAAUGCUGGUGAACGCAUUGAUUUCAUGGAUCAUUUGCAGCAAUAUAAAGAUAAACAUCAGGAUGUUUCUAUUGAUCAAUUCACAUCAGUUGAUACAUCUUGCAUUACAGACAAAGAUAAAGAGUCUGAAAAAAGCGACUACACUUCCUCAACAUCAAGUGUUGCAAGUGUUGCGAGUAACAAUGUGGUACAUUCGCAAGCUUGUCUGCCUACACAGGCAGACAAGUUUAUUCCUUCUACUUCACGACAGACGUCGGAAAAAGAUUUUUCUGAUCCUCCCGCAAAGCGACUACGUGUCGAAAAUAAUGAAUACGAUUUAUUGACGUUACUGCAAUCGUCAACUUAUGGAAAAAUGAUAUUGGGACAUUUCCAUAUAAAUGAAUGUCUUAACAAUGAUAUGCGCAAAAUGCUUGCAGACGAAAUUAUUAAUAAAGAAUUAAGUAUCGAUAUUAAUGCUCGUAUUUCAACUGAACGGGUGGAAUUUCUCACCAAGGAAGUUAUUAAACUUUUCCCAUCUGAGAUAGAGGCUUUAUGGAAGGGAGCAUAUGGACAAGGUAAAAAUCGUCGAGAAACUUCUGCCGGAAGAGGCAUGUUAAUACAAAGAUACUACAACAUACGUAGAAAACUACGAAAAUGUGGCAUUUUGUCAAAAGAAUCAUCACAACGUGCCCAUGUAGAAGAACUUGUUACUUCAGAUGAAGAAUUUGACGACAAUGUUGACGAUGACGUACAAUGGUUGAAGAAUAACAGUAAACCGUGGGCCAAAGUUUUGGAAUUGUGGGACAAAACCAGUAAAAAUAGACUAGAGUCACUUAAAAAAAAAGGAACCGCUGUACAUUUUUAUAUGGAUUUAUUUCCUGCUUUAAAAACUCCAAACGGUUAUUUACUGUUGGAACUUGAUUUUAACAAAAUGUAUCCUACAUCUGGAAUGAAGUUAUAUACUGAGUUAUCAAACCUUACGGCUUUUAUUAAAAAAAAAAUUACAAUUGAGAAAGAAAGAUCAAGCAUUGACGAUUGUUCUACCCCAGACGGUAAAAAAAUAAGGACAUUACUUGCUUUAAAUUUAUUAUUCACUGUGGUGACUGUUUGGAAGAAAAAACAAGAACAGUGGCGACCAUCACGCCAAGAAUCUCGUGAAGCGUUUCUACUUUUUGUAAAGACUACAAGUGAUAUCGAACCAACAUUGAAUUUAAGGAAGGAGAAAUAUAUCAAAUAUGGAAAAAAUUUAGGAGUGCAGGCUGUAAUUAUUGGUGCAGAUUUAGAUUGCAUCAAAUAUUCUUAUGUCAUUAUCAAUGACAUAUGGUACGAGGUUGAAACUCCAUUUAAAGCCAUCGACAUAGCAUUCAAAGCGAUGCAGGCAUUGGAUAGUACCUAUCCAAUAGAAUGUGCAAGAGAAUGGUUAUUUUUACAACGAGGAGUGUAUGAAAUUACUACAUCACACGACAAAGAUAUUAGUAAUCCUAAGGUAUUGGCUAUGAUUGAAGAAUAUUUAAAAUUCAAAUCAUUGUUACAAUCUCAGUAAAAGACAAUAAUACUGUACAGAUAAAGUGUACAGUAUUGUAUUAAAAAGUUGUACAACUAGUAUAUAAGUACUUUUGUUUAAUUCA